AUGAAUGUAUUGUACAGUCCCGGGGGAGUCUUCAGCGGCUCUAAGAGAAAGAGGGACGAGAACAGAGAAUGCCCAGUAACUAUUCAGGCUUUAUCUACGGCAUUUGGUGAGGGGUUCACAGUCAGGUUAGGAGAUUCUAUAGAGUGGGCUUACCACAAUAAAUUCACAUCGGUAAACGCCGUCACGGCCUUGGUCACUUCUAGUAUUGACGAAGUGGUGGAUCAUUUGAAACCCAAUCUACGAUGGGCUGUUAACUGCUGGAUGGAUAAAAAUCUCGUCUUGUAG